CGGGGCCCUACUCUUUCCCCUCUCUCGUCACUCUUUUUUUGACUCCCCCAAUGCUCAUGAUCUUGGUUUAAUCUUUCUUUUUUGGUGUAGACCUUUUGUAUUUAACUAUUCUUGCUCAUCGUCUGUUUGCAUACUCCGUCUAUUCCACAUACUUCCCCGUGUGAAGUACCUUUCUGCCAUGAGCGCAAAGUCCUCCGCUGAAACCCACGAUGCGUGGGAAGAAGAUUGGGAAAGACAAGCUGAUACCUUAGCCUCCGACCCCACCCCGCCUCCACCGGAGAAGAAAGUAUCCUCCAAAGUGACCAAGGCGCAGCGCAGAGCGCAGCAGGUUGAAUUUAACCGACAAUUAUGGGCUGAAGCUGAGUCUCCACAAACGUUCCAUUUCCUGGAAUCACGCUCCGACGUCCCUCUCAAGCAGGAGUUUAAACCGACAGUGACCCUCUUGAGUCGCAAUCCGCAAAACUCUCGGCAGUCCUCAUCUAUCAACACAACAGCCGCCGGUCUAGGACGACUUGCCCUGAACGGCGAAAAUGAUGAGGAGUCGGACGAUGAAAAUAAACGCUCAGAGCCCACCCCCGAGGAACGACAAGCCAUUGCGUUGCGAAAUCGGGAGGAGAAGCAACGCAAGUAUGAAGAAGUGCGUGAGAGACUGUUCGGGAGCCCAUCUGCCACUACAUCAGGAGCGUCAUCACCGCGCAGUGGAACUCCGCCAAAGGUUGAAGGUAGAGGGAAAGGAAGAAGCCGUGGCAGCGGAAGAGACAACAACCGGGACAAGAGAGAUUCUUCGGCGGCAUCCGGAAAGUCUAGACAGCUUUAUGAUCCCGGAUCCCCUAAGCCAAGUUAUGUACAGAGGAAAGAGAAACAACCGAUCAAUGACCGAAAUGUAAAUGACCAACAGCCCCCCCGACAGCCUAUCCGUAGCCCUCGGGGCCCGGACAGCAGUGGCAGGGGUGGUUUCCAAUUCGGCAACAGAGGCGCCAGAGCGACAUAGAUCAUGCAAAAAGAUCCGCAUGGGAGCGAGUUUGGCCACGACCCAUGUGGACUACUAGUCACCUGAUGGGUAGCCUUCCA